AUGAAUUUUCCGCGUUUCUCGGCGUUGUCGAUCGUAUUCUACGUGCUCAAUUGCGCGUUUCCGGUCGUACUUUCGGGUCAUCGUGUCGAAGUAUCGUUUCGCGACGAGCAAAUCUCGUAAUAUUCGACAAAAAUCGCCAAGGUCUACGACACGGUCGCGCCGCCAUAUUUCGUUUGUUACAUUUCACUAUCGUGCGUUGGUCUCGAAAGCUUUCUCGCGAAUCCUCGAGCCGGAGAUCUUCAGCGGAGAGCAAAAAAUAUCGUGCGUGGAUGGCUCGGGAUUUUCACAACCGCGUUUUUCAACCAACAAUCUUUCUGGAAUAGUUGACUCCUAGUGCGGAGGGAGUCGUCGAAUCGUCGUUCGAUAAGUGCUUUGAUAAGUCGUCUUUGAAAAAAGCAGCGACGCCGAAAAGAGCAUCGGUUUAGUUCGCGCGCGAAUAAGCUCUCGCGUUUUAAUUAACGUCGAAAAUGUGAUAGAUGAAAUCCGGGCGUCGCUGCGUCGCGAACGGAAAAAGGUAACGCGAGUGUUAUGCCAUGUAAAAUAUUGCGCGAUCAUAAUUAAUAAGUGUGGCUUCGCGAGUGAGUGCCAUGAAGGAAUACUAAAUAAGGAAUACCAGAGAAGGAGGAGGCCCGAGGAACAUCAGAUGACGGCAGAGCAACGAUAAGAAUAUGCUGUACUACAACUCUGCCAUUCUACGCAUCGUACUGCUAAAGAGCUGAAGGUAUGCGGCAGCGUCAGAAGCGGUGGCGAAGUGUGCUGCUCAGCCGACAUGGAAUUGACACUGCAGGCCCGAGCACGUGACAAGCACGAGCAGGCAACCCGAGACACUCUCCAGAGGAUGCACGGAGUGCUGACAAUACGGGGAAACAGAUUCCACAGUUUUUUCAAGGAUCUAUUGGAAACCAGCAAACGAGGCUUUCAUGAAAUGUUCAAGAAGACUUACGGCAUCCUCUACGAACAGAACGCGUAUGUCUUCACGGACUUCUUUGACGAGCUGGACAAUUAUUACUCAAAGGGAACGGUGGACCUUGACGAAGCCAUGGACAAUUUCUUCAACACUCUCUAUCAGAAAAUGUUUACCGUGCUCAACAGCCAGUACAUCUUCGACAAUAAAUAUCUGGAGUGCGUAGGCGAACACAUGAAAGAGAUGAGACCGUUCGGAGACGUGCCGCAGAAAUUGGGUGUCCAGAUCAAACGAUCCUUCGUGGCCACGAGAGCCUUUAGCCAAGCUCUGACAGUCGCUGCAAGCGUGAUGAAAAACAUGCAAUCGCUGAAACCAUCGGCUGAUUGCGCAGCUGCCCUGACCAGGAUGACAGCCUGUCCUUCCUGUAGCGGUAUAUCGGACAACGUGCUGGCGUGCGGCGACAUGUGCGCCAACGUGAUGAAGGGUUGCUUGGCGCAACACGCGGCACUCGACACUGAAUGGAAUCAGUUCGUCGAGGCUGUGGACAAGGUCGCUGAUCGGCUGAACGGCCCGUUUAACAUCGAGGUGCUGGUGCGUCCGAUCAAUCUUAAGAUCUCCGAGGCAAUCAUGAACUUCCAAGAGAGCAGUCAAGACGUGUCACAACGCGUGUUCACCGGUUGCGGUCGGCCGAUGCUAGGUAGACGUAGACGCAGGGAUAAUCACGAGCUGGAGCUGGAAUCAUUGAAUUUCGAACAGGAAACAUUGACCGAGGAUCGCAACCCCUCCUCUUCCGCGGCCCUAGAUAAAUUGGUGAGGGAGAUACGUCAGCGAGUGCGCGAUCUCAGGCAGUUUUGGGUCUAUCUGCCCUAUAGGUUGUGCAACGACGGUCUGGUUGUUCCGCCUAGCAACACGAAAGAAUGCUGGAAUGGCACACACGUAGACAAAUAUAUAUAUCCAGUGUCCUCGGACGGUGAAACACAGAUGAUGAACCCGGAAGUGCGCAGCAUGGGACCAAGAUCGACCAUCGUAAAGGAGCAGACUUUUGCGCUCGGUGACAUCUCAAAUAAGUUGAAAUUAGCGUUCAACGGACAGGACGUCAAUUGGAUUGAUACAGAUAAUAUAACUCUUAAUAACUUAACAGAGGAGGAAACGUGGUACGGGUCCGGCAGCGGUUCCGGCGACGGUGCGUUCACCGACGACGAGGACGGUUUCAAGGAGGGCUCCGGUUACGAAUCGAACGUGGAGUCGGAGCCAGAACAGCCAUCGAAACAGCCGUCUCCGCCGGUAGUAGUUCAUGAGGCCGAGACGCCGUCGCGAGUGGAUAUCGAGCCGCACAAGGGUACGGGUACAGGUACAGCUACCGGUACGAGCAGCACAACGGGCUCGGGCAACAAUCAGACCACCACUGUGGACAGCAGCGGUGCCAGCAAGCAGAAGAUGUCGCUGUCCAGGGCGCUGACGACGUAUCUGGUACCUAUAGUAGUGAUGUGGUUCGGCGGUUGCCUCAACGAUUACCUGUGAUUGUGCGGAUCUUGCGACUCUGAGCCUAGCCUGGUGUAAAUAUAUUGCCCGAUCUCGAUUCACGAGAUCGAAUGGAAAGGAACUCUCGAUAGAAAAGACUUGGAAUCGCGCGUAAGAAGUGUCUCGCGAAUAUCUCCUUGCUCCUAGAAAUCGUCAAGGACAUUCGUCGCGAGCAAUCAUCUAUUUGAUCCAUUUCCGGAUCCUCAAUUUCUAUAUUCGCUCAAUCGAAUAAUGCGUACUCUAAGUAGAUUCAGCGAAUAUCGAAAUUGUUAGUCAAUCGACCUAGCGCACGGAGUAUACGAAUUUUCGUGGCCAUAGCUCUUCGCCGGUCUGUUUUUUGAAGAAAAACGGACAGAGGUGAGAAAGAAUCCAUCAGCUAUCUGCCUUUCGAACGAGAGACAUUGUAUGGAAACAUUUAGCGGGGUAACGAAUUUCGCUAAAUUCUUACGGUAGCUUUUAUCCAUCCCAUCAUGACGAUGUUAAGUAAACCUGGCACUGUGGUCCAGAUAUUUAGAGCUGCGAUAAUGGAUUUUACAAUCAACGAGUUAAAGGAUUUAAGGCAGCAGCACAUCUGACCAUUUUGUCUCCCUUCACCAAUCUCUGCUUCUUGACUGAACAUAAUAUUAUAUGCUCUUUUGUUGCGAGGAAAGUCUCGAAAUAUAGACGUAUAUGACACACCUUUCGAAUUUGCAUGAAUGAAAAUAUUUCCAUGCGAGAGAGGAUUUCUUUUUCUGCGCGGGAUGUCUUUCAGGAAAUUAAUUUUAUUUAUGCGAACGUUGAAUAUAUUACAAGUGACGAUAUACAAUUUAUUGUAUAGUACCUAUGCUUAUUGUAAGAACAAUCACGUUACGCUGUUUGAACAUCUUUCCGAAUUUUAGAGAUGUACCGUUAACAUUGUAUCAUCGGACUUACUGCCACAAUUGCCCCAAAAAUUCGAGCUUCUCGAGUAAAUUAUCAUUGGUAGUAAAUAAUUACAAUAUAUAUAUAUACAUAUAUAUAUAAUGGGAUAGAUAGUAACGAUCCCAGUCUGAGAUCGAGUCUUUCCAAAUCUUAGAUUAUCUACUGAUCUUGUCAGAAUUCUACUGCCAAAUGGAAAAAUGCGAGUUUAAAUACAAAAACGUUAUCGAUAACAGAGAUAUCUCAUACUCAUAUCUCUCGAUUGUAUCAAAUCUUUCAAAGAUCCUUAGAUAUAUUAUACUAAAUCUCUUGAUCCUACAAAAAUAUUACUGCCAAUUUUAGAAAUUUUCCACUUUUCUCAUUCCCUUUUAUCCGAAUAUAAAUACCGUGAUGUUAUUCCCGUUUAACCGAGCUUGCGAUAACAUUUUAAUAAGUCACCAAAAUACGGUCAAAAAUUGAUGAGAUCGUCUGUCAGAAUUAUGCGAACUUGCUUAUUGUCAAUCCCUGCGUUCAUCGCGUAACCGAAAAGCAAUGUGAACUCGUGCACCGACAAUCGCGACGACAUUUCGCUGUAUAUGCAAAUGAUGUGUUUGAUUACAUAUACCCCGAUAUACGUAAGACGAUCCGAACGAAAUAUGUAUACGAGCGGGACUGAGUAUUUAUUAAGUGUUCGUUAUAUCGAUCCAUUCAGGAUCUGUGGAAUGUGCGCGAAUCCAGAAUAUGUGACAGGAAGCGCAGGAAAAAAAUGGAAUCCUUGUGAUAGCUAUGAUGUUGUCACGAAUAGAUUUUUUAGGAAAAGCUGCGAUUCUCCCAAUGUUAUUGAGAUCGAGAAAGUUUUACUGGUUUUAAUUUAAAACUUUUAUUUUAUGUUAGUCUCAAAACAAAAUAUAUAUCAAUAUAUUAUAUUAUUGACUUUAAAAGAUAAAAAAGUGAAUUAAAUACACGAUAUUGCGGUGAUUUCAUAAAUUCAGAGGAUUCUAUAACUUGGCUCAUGUUAUGUGGAAGAUUUGUUAACAGUGUUCUCGGCAUUCGGUUUCGACGACGAUGAAUACAAUGAAUAUCCCUUUGUCGUGAGGUAAUAUGAUACAAUCAAAUGGAAAUAACGAAUAAUAACGGCCUGAGAAAAGAAUUCCGAAGGAAACACGUCCGAAAUUUUCGCGAAACCGAGCCGUAACACUGUGGCGUUAAUUUGCGUUAUAAUGAAUAGUGUGGGAAAAAACAAAAGAGAUGUUCGUUGCGGUAAGAUGUAAAUAAAUAGAGUGG